GUUGUUACCGGGGCGCCUGUGGAUCCCGGGCCGGGAGUGUAUGGGGGUAACCCGAACGUUUGGGUCUCCUGUGUGUGCCCUUCUUCCCCAAACGGCCCCUUCGCUGGGGGGGCGGGUACGGGAGGAGGCAGCAAUGUCAUGACACCUGCCGUGACCCCUGACCCACUGCCAGCGUAAUCUCUGACCCUUGACCCUCCUUCCUCGACCAACCGUUUGGUCAGCACCUCAUGGAUCGCGAGUCUGCGGCCGGAAGGGACCUCAGAGGCCAUCGGCUACAGAGGAGGAAACUGAGGCUCACCGAGGCUGAGUGACGUGCCCAAGAACGGCCGAAUUUGAAUCCAGGACUUCGGCUCGGAGAUCCAGCCCUCUGGGCAAGCAGCCUUGAUAGCAGGAGAGGGCCAGAGCUGGUAGGGACUCCAGACACUGUCCCGUCCGACCCUUUUCUUUCGCAGGACCAAGGAAGCCAGGCACCACUGUGGUGUGAGGGACUGUGAUGGAUCCAGUUAGGGCCCAACAGCUGGCAGCUGAGCUGGAGGUAGAGAUGAUGGCCGACAUGUACAACAGGAUGACCAGUGCAUGCCACCGGAAGUGUGUCCCUCCCCAUUACAAGGAAGCCGAACUUUCCAAGGGUGAAUCUGUGUGUCUGGAUCGAUGUGUCUCCAAGUACUUGGACAUCCAUGAGCGAAUGGGCAAAAAACUGACAGAGCUGUCCAUGCAGGAUGAAGAGCUGAUGAAGAGGAUGCAGCAGGGCUCAGGGCCAGUAUGAAGGCCCCCAGAGACAGUGAGCACCCAGCCCUGGACUGCAACCCUAACCCUUUUGCACUUGUCAAUAAAAAUAUUGAUGAUUAUA